AUGUCGAAAUUUGUCAUGGUUGCCCUGGCAUUUGCCGCCGUCUGCCUGAUCCUGGCCAGCGCCGCCCCUGCCGCACAACUGCUGGAUGCACAGACAGCCAUCCAGAAGAUAAUUGCUGCCUACAAUCGCAUUCCAGGACGCUCUGUCGUCCACCCUGCGGAGGUGGCCACCGUGAUUGAUCCAAACACAUUUGUGGCCCACUACUGA